UGUAGUUUAAUCUUUCUACCGAUUUAACGCGCAUCACCUUUUGAAAGCAAGUGCUAACAAACAUUUCAGAACAGCAUUUCACGGUUCUCUUAGCGUUUUGUGUCAAAUUCAGGCGAUGCUUGUAUGUUUUCUCGCUCCGCCCGCACCAGAAAGUUACUUUUUGUGACUUUAUUUGGGUCAAAAUGUUGUUGCUGAAGCUAGUUCCGCCUUGCAUUCUCCCUGUUAAGGACAGCAACGACAAGUGUCAAAAGUAGCUAAUCGGGGACGAGAUACAACGGGAUACAGGAAAACCACGUCUAUUGCCUUUUGGAUACACUUCAACACGAAUUAGCAGGUUACAAUAAAAGGUGCUGACAUCAUUUUGUUGCUUAGUUUUCCCACUGCAACCAGAAGUCACAGCCAAUCAGCGAGGACAGCGUUUCUGGGGAAGAAUUUAUCCACGAUCAAUGAUCUCCAGUAGAACAGCUGCUAACUGCUGAGGUUUGGACACUGUGAUGGAAAAUCCUGGCGAUGAGGUGGACCUGCAACACAGCACAACAGGUGGUGAAGAUGAGAACUCUGGUGGGGAACCAGCUCCAACCAAGGGCAAAGGCAAGUUCUCCAAAAUGGGAAGGAUUUUCAAGCCCUGGAAAUGGAGAAAGAAGAAGCCAAGUGAAAAGUUUGCUGAAACAUCGAUAGUCUUAGAAAGAAGGAUUUCUGUCAGAAAAAGUCGCCAAGAGCUGAUUGCCAGAGGGGUUUUAAAGGAUUUACCAGAGAAUGAGAGCAAUGAUGUUAACCACUCCAAAGCUCCACCAGUGAAGAAUGGGCACCCUGUGCCAAUGGACGUGGACAGGAUGUCUGAACCAGGGGUGCGAGUGUCCAAAGGGGAAUCCGAAAUCAAGGUGAAUUCCCUCAGGCUACCCCAAGUAGAGGAACGUCGAAGCAGAGUGCAGUCCGAUGCCUCCCGAAGUAACCGGGCACCUCUGGAUGUGGACAAUCACGCACGGCUUUCUGUGGACGUGGACAGACGAAGCCGUCUGCCAUCAGAUGUUGAUAAGAAAGCAGGAUCGUUACCCCGAGGACCUCUGCAGGAUGAUAGAUACCGCAGAGAAGAGAGGAGAGAUGGCAAAGAUGAGGACAGAUUAAGGAAGAACAGGGAAGACUUAGAAAGAAGGGAUUGGCGAGAGGAAAAGGAAAAAGAGGGGGGAGUCGACCGGAGAGAGAGGCGAGAUGACAGAGAGAAGAGAGAUGAAAGAACAGAGAGACACAAUAGGGAAAGAAGAGAUCGCGAGGAGCGGGAAAGGAAGGAUCGUGACGAGAGAGAACGCAGAGAUCGUGACGAGAGGGAACGAAAAGAUCGUGACGAGAGGGAAAUUAGAGACAGGGAUGAGAAGGAACGCAAGGAACGGGAUGAUAAAGAAAAGAGGGAGGACAGGGACAAAGAUAAGGAUCGGCGGCUUGAGAGGGAAAAGAGAGAAACCCGAGAUGAUAGAAAAGAUGAGGACAGGGAGAGAAAAAACGUCAGAGUGGAAAAAGACGAUAGGGACAAAUUGGACGAAUGGGCCAAGAGGAACGAAAGAGAGCAAAGAGAUGAUCGGGAAAAGCCAGAGCAUCAGCGGUCUGUGGCUGACCCGCGGCCUAUCACCAGGCCCGUCUCUGAGAUGGACUUGCGGCCUUCUCUACAGAAGAGCUCCUUAGAGGACAACAAGAGGGUUCGCCCAGCCUCAGAGGCUGACAAGAGAACUACCCUGCCCAGAUACAACCCGGCUGCAGAGUUCAGAGAACGCUCAGAAUCCACUGGUGUCCGCUUCGCCCCUGCUCCUCGUCCAGCACAAGACUCUCAGCAGGAACCUUCCCUGCCCAAACAUGCUCUGCUUCCCCCCAAAUUUCUCACUGCAUCCUCUGCUGAGCCCAGCAAGAGUCAAACCCCAUCCUCUUCUUCAUCCUCCUCUUCCUCUUCCUCCUCCACUGCUUCUGUAGCUGUGGCCAAGCCGCCGAGGACAGUCUCCCUAAUAUCUGACGACCCACCACGUCUCUCCUCUGCUGCUCCUUCCUCCGCCGACUCCGACACGCCACCCCCUGUCCCUCCCCACGCCAAGCAGCCUCCUGUCCCUCCACCCAAACCCACCAACCGCAACAGCAACCCUGCACUGCUCGCUUCCUCAUUGAACAGGGGCUCUAAGGUCAGGCAGCCCUGUUACUGGACCAGCUGGAGACGGCAGAGUGAGCUCGGCCUGUACCUUUCUCUACCUGUAUACCUGCGGCACAGAACGGUCCAGACCGGCUCAGCUGAGCUUUCACAGCCUGUCAGCGGUGUCGUCAUAGUGCCACCACCCGCUAAGCGCUCGCCACCGACACCGCCAAAGAGGAUGACCCCUGUCGCCAAGCGCCAUUCUGUGGAUCCCUCUCCUUCCAGUCAGGACCCAGAGUCUCCCACCACUGUUCCAGCUUCUGCCCCUGUACAGAUGCCCCCUGCUGUCCUUAAAGUAGAUAACAUUGAGGACAAGACCAAUGCAGCAGCUCCUCAGACCUCUGCUGAGCCUUCACCACCGUCCCACAUACCUCCAUCUCCUCCAAGGGUCCAGUCACUCCAGCCACUUAGCACCACCUCCUCUGCCCCUGUGCCCACUGUGCAAACGGAUCCCCCCAGCCCGACCACUGAGCCUCCCAGCCAGCAUCCAUCCAUCCCCUUACACAUCCUCAUCCAGAGAGCCCUGGCCAGCCCCGGCCCAGCUCAGCCCAACCCCGACGGCUCCAAGAGGGCCCACUCACUUCUGUUUGAGUCUCCUCCAGAAUUCCUCACCGAGCUGGGGGGAAACCCGCGGCACUCUCUCCCUAUCUCCAUUGAACCUCUCCGGCUGCCAGAAGACGAUGACUUUGACAUGGAGGAGGAGAUGCGGAAGCUUCAUCCUCAGAGGCCUCCUCGCCAGCCGGAGCUGGAGCCCCGCAGCAGGAGGGGUGUGGUUGGAGAACUCAGGGUGAGUGUCAUCCCUGAGGUUGGAGGUCCUGGGGACAGUGAGGAAGAGUCUGACUCGGACGGCCCCAUUCUGUACAGAGACGACGACAACGACGACGACGAUGAGGAGGGCCCGCCAAGUGGGCUGGCAAGUCGUGUGAAGAGGAAGGACACGUUAGCCCUGAAGCUGGAGAGACAGGAGAAAGAAGAAAGGGAGAACCAGGAGAAUCAGGAAAACAUGAGUUGGCAAAACCGAGAGCAGUGGAUGGCAGUGAAGAACAAGAUCAGCACCGCACUGACACGGCGGCUGAGUCAGAGACCAUCAGCAGAGGAGCUGGCACAGAGAAACAUCCUUCAAGCCAAGAAUGAAGAUGAUCGGCGAUUAGAGAGAAGCGAGAUCAAACGGAGGCUCACGAGAAAGCUGUCCCAGAGACCCACAGUGGCUGAACUCCAGGCCAGGAAGAUCCUGCGUUUCCACGAGUACGUUGAGAGCACCCACGCCCACGACUACGACCGGCGAGCAGAUAAACCGUGGACUAAGCUCACUCCUGCUGACAAGGCUGCCAUCCGCAAGGAGCUCAAUGAAUUCAAGAGCUCUGAGAUGGAAGUUCACGAAGAAAGCAGGAUCUAUACCCGGUUCCAUCGGCCUUAGCUGUCGAUGCUGACCCGUGAAGCAAUCAGACCGGGGGAAGUGAGGAGUUACAAGUCCCUCUCCUCACCACGAACCUAACAUGUGGUCCAUUUGUUCCGUUUUUACUGACUGCCUGCUUCAGCUGAUCACUGGAACCAAAGCAAAAGAAGCCACAAUUGGUUCAACCCAAUGGUGGUUAACAGACAUACUCCAGGUCUUCGACUGGGCAAUUCAGGACAGGAGGAGUUUGUCAGUGCGUCCAUGAUGGAGGUACCUGGUGCCAACACUGAUCCCCCUCCUCUGGGCUGGGGGCUCACACAGUUAGAUUGAACAGAAAGGAUAACUGUUGGAGGAUUAUAACACUGUGGGGAAACCACUCUUCCCAUGCCUUUACCUGCCUUUAUAUUUAAUUUUCUCCCUUCCUAGCUGAACAGGAAGACUGUGCACAUAAAGAGAUCAUCCUAGUUCAUGUAAACAACGUUGAUGGUACCCCCAAACUAAUAGAAACUUUUUUUAAACUCUUAUAUACAAUAUGUACAUGUUAGGUACUGCACAUGUCUACCUAAAGGUGCCUCACAGCACCUGCCUUACUCAUCACGUGGUCUCACAAGUUCAAGUCAGACAAAAUGUGAAAGACUUGGGACAGCAGUAUGUUUCCUAUUUAAAUCUCAGUUAGUGCUCUAUUUAAAUCAACAGUUUGAGCUUAAUGUGUAGACCCUCAGAGGGCUGAUUCCAACCUAAUAUUCUGGAAGUGUGCAUUUUACUGUAUUUCUUUGAUCAUUUAAAUGAUUCUCAUGGAGCACAUGUCACUAGAUUAUUUUCUAAUAAGGCACUUUAUGUUCCUUAAUUGGGUGUGUAGAACAUUUAAACGUUUGGAGCCUAUAAUUUUGUUGAUAAUUGAAUUAUUCCAGCUGGAAAAUGUACAUAUUUUUAUUUUCCCUGCUGUUUUAUGGUACUUAAUAUCUGCAAGUCCAUAGUUGGCUGCAAUUGUAUAGAUCAGUUAUAUAGAUGUGAUUGACUUUAUAAUGUACAUCCACCGUAAUGCUGACAUGUUUUAAUUGUAAAGUAUUUCGCAAAUGUUAUUUUCAAGUAGUAAUGGUACUUUUUUGAUACAGAGAUCUUUAAAACAUUUUUUUUUGCAAAGAACACUGUAUAAAUGAACAAUCCACUCAGAAAUUAAAAUAACCUGUGAUUUUCAUUU